AUGAUAUCACUUCAAUGUCGAUAUGUCCUCUUCAUCGUGCAAAACUUGGGGUGGGAUGCACGAGGGGAGCGAGCACCAGGUGCAGAAUACCACCCGUUCUGUCUAACCAUGGAAAGACAAAAAAAAGUUGGCCAAAAGGAGAUAGAGGGGUCGGAAAGUUACAAUCGGAGCUACUGCUACGUGACACUGGUGUCUUUUUACAAGCUGGAUCAGGUAAUUUAGUAAAUAAAUUAACGAAGUUUCGAAGAAUGACUGGUUUAUAAUAGCAUUCUUCUAUAUCAUUGCAAGGGGUGUGCAGAAAAUGCCGUGAGAAAUUAAAGGAAAUUACAGACUUCAGAAAGAUCAGUUCAAGGAAACAACACUGGUAUGAUACUUGGAUAUUUAAUAUGGUUUUAUCAUGGGCCUAUGGGCCGGGGGGGAGGCAUGGGGGAUUAUGCCCCCCAAAAUUUUUACGGUAGCAACAAAAGUCAGGCGAAAAGAAUUAAUAAUCGGGCAAACUAAUACUGUGCCCCCCCCCCCAAAUAAGAUUAGGCCCGUACGCCCAUAGGUUUUAUAGAUUAACUGUUAUAAAACAUUAAAACUUACGCUUUUAGGGACUGUAUGUUGAGAGGGGGCUUGGGGGUCAUCAUAGUUUUUCCUGUUAGGACCGGAAGGGUUAUCUGUUAUUUUCCAUUUUGGAAACGAGUUAUGCCCCCCCCCACUCGGUGGGGCAGUGCCCCCCCCCACUCUGAAAUUUGGUAUUAAAAAUUGAGAUAAAGGACCUAGAAACCAAUUAUAAUCAUGGGCCAAAUUCUGUUAAUUUUGUGGUUAAUUUUGUGAUGUUUCGAAAAAUUUUGUUAGGUUUCGGAAAAAUUUGGUAUGUCCGGAAAAAAUUGGUAUGUCUGGAAAAAAUUUUUGACCCCUAAAAUGGUACACUGACCGUUCCCCCCAUGCCUCCCCCCGGCCCAUAGGCCCAUGAUAAAACCAUAUUUAGGUCGCCAAAUUAAAUUCCGGAAAAAAAUUUUUCUCAUCUCAAACCCUCUGUUACAUUCUUUCUGCAGUGCCCCCCCCCCCCCAAAAAUCGAACCAAAUAAUCUGCAAUGGCACAAAGAAAUUGGUUCAAUCCAAGCAUGUAAGGUACCUAAAACAAUGUGGAAGUCGAUGCUUUCAAUUUUUAGGAAGAUUCAAAGGAGAUUUCAUUCAAGACACCUCAGCAGACAACCUGCAUUCAAGAGCACCUUCAAACUCCAAUAAGUCAAGAAUCAUUAACAUUGUUUAGCCCUUCAGGAUUUUCUCAACAUUUAGAACUAGAAGAAACAUGUGACGAAGAAGGACUAAAUGCUGGCAGUAAUACAAGAGAGAAGUUGAAUAUUUUUCUAGCUUCCAGAGAUGUAAGCCCAAUCCGCACGUCCAUGACCAUCCCGUGGGACACAGCGGCAGAGCGCACAAAACGAAGUUAUGUGAGGAAAGGAAAACAGGUCGCUUUAGCUGCCCUAGAGGAACUUGCUCCACAAAACUCAGAAAUUCUGUUUAGCGCAAUACAGGCAGAAAGACAAAAGAAUGCUGAUGACAUGGAUUCCUCUUUACUUGAAGCUAUGGCAGAGUGCUACGAAAACUGCAGCCACUGGAGCAGCCGUAGACAAAUGCUGUCUAUCAUAGCUGAUAAAGUUAGGUUUGCAACACUGCAGAAAUGGCUGCCAGAUCUAUCUAGAUAUCGCUACAACAUCGCAAGACAUCAUCUUUUCCUCCAUGGUAGAGGUACAGAAGUUCCUCAACAAAAACAAAAAAGAAUAAAGGUGUCUCCUGAAAAGCUUGACCACUUCUUGGCGUUUAUAACAAGUGCCAAAAUUAUCCAGGAUUUGCCCUUGGGAGAAAAAACACUGAAACUGUCAUCUGGAUCUGAAAUCAAAAUACCGAAUGUCAUAAGAACGUCCAUCCCUGAACAGAUAAUCAAACAGUAUCAGAGUUACUGUGCCGAAACUGGAUUUAGUUCACCUUUCAGCCAUAGCAGUCUCUCGAGGAUACUUAACGUCUGCACGGCAUCCACUCGCAAGUCUCUUCAGGGUUUGGACUAUUUCUCGGCGGAAGGAGCAAAAGCAUUUGACGACCUCGUUGAAGUAGCUGACAAACUUGGAGACAACUACAAAAACGGCUUAUCAUGGUCUAAAGAGGUGAUCAGCAAGCUUAAACUGGCCAAACGUUAUUUUAAAGAAGAUUACAAG